UGGUUAUUUUUUACGCUUGCUACGUUUUUGUUUACUGUUUAGGCUAUUAUUUAGGACUCACUAAAAAUUAGUUUAACUUUACUUUUAUUUUUUAUUUAUAUUUAACGUUUUUUUGUGUUUAAUUAGUCUACCCUUUUAAAGUAAAAUACAUUUUUUAAUGUAAGAAAUCAGAUAAAAUCAAAUUUAAUUGAUUAAAUGUUAAUUUUGUUUGAUUUUCACUUUAAAACAAUUUCAGAUAGCAGUAAUGGUGAGACUGAGGGUGCAAAACGAGACGAUGAAGAUAAACCCGAAUCACUUACAAUAAUUCGAGAUGAAGUGGAAGUGGGACAACAUGAGCAAAGCUCGCUUGCUGUGUCACAAAACCCAAACUUCGAAGUGGAAGUUUUCGGAGAUCCUCUGGCCUUGGAUUCACACUCAAAAAGCAGUGGACCUACCAACUCCUCAAGCGAAUCCAGACCUACAAUUAACUCUGAAGGUAAAGUGAAAGAGCUCUCUUCAAAUCAUAUCAUCAAAGAUAUAGGGCUAUAUGUAAAUAACAAGCCUGAUGAUUACACAAAAUAUCUUCUUUUGGAAGAACAUUGGAAGCCACCCUCAAACUACGUGUAUCCAUAUUCAGAAAACUCAAAGGGCGUUAAAAGGUAUUUGUCUAAAACCCACCUAGAAAAUCAUACAUGGCUUGUACUUUCAGAGUCGAAGAAAGGUUUGUUCUGUAAAUACUGUGCACUUUUCGCCCAAGAAAAGGCAGGUCACAAUAAGGGCGUGAAGCUGGGGAGACUUGUAAUUGAACCUUUGACACGGUUUAAAGACUUAACAGGAAAAGAUGGCGACUUGCAAACCCAUGAAAGAAGUUUAUACCAUAAAACCUGUGUAGAAAUGGGGAAAGACUUUUUGAAAACUUACAAAUCACCUAAUAAAGAAGUUAUCAAUCAGGUAUGCUCUGAGCGGCUUCGUCAGGUUACAGAAAAUCGUGAAAGGCUAAAGCCCAUUAUCAAAACCAUUAUUUUGCUCGGGCGUCAAAACAUACCUUUUCGAGGUCACAGGGACGAUGGUCCUAUCAACCUAGACAUUGAGACUUCAGCAGCAAAUCAGGGGAAUUUCAAAGCUCUCUUGCAGUUCAGAGUAGACGCGGGUGACAAAGCUCUCGAAAAACAUCUUAAUACAUCAUCUUCUCGAGCAACAUAUAUUAGCAAAACAACGCAAAAUGCUUUAAUAGAGUGUUGUGGGGAUGAAAUUAGGGAUGAAAUUCUGAAAAGAAUACUCGAGUCCAAAUAUUGGUCUAUGAUGUUUGACGAAACCAGUGAUUUGUCUCAUAAGGAACAGAUUACAUUAGUUGUCCGUUAUCUUUGGAAAGAUGCCGUAAGGGAGGACUUCAUAACUUUUAUUGAUGCAUACAAUGCAGCAGCAGAUGUAAAUGGUAAAGAGUGUAAAGAGAACAAACUAUCAGGGAAAACUCUAGGUGAAAUAGUCUUAAGGAAUGUAAAAGAACUUGGCUUAGACCUUAGUUACUGUGUAGGCAUAGGUACAGAUGGGGCUUCGGUAAUGACAUCUGAAGAAUCAGGUAGUGUAACAAAGAUCCAAUCAGAGGCAGUUAGUGCAAAACGGCUUCCAUGCUACAACCACGCCUUGAAUAAUUCUAUUUCUAAAUCUAAUAAGAUUCGAUCCAUAAAUAAUGCCGUUGGCAUUAUGAAAGAAGUCAUUCACUUUUAUAAUCAGUCAGCAAAAAGGAAUGCUGUUCUAACUGAACACGUAGGAAGGCAACUAGUGAGCCUCUGUGAAACUAGGUGGGUAGAUAGACAUGAUGCAGUAAUUUUAUUUUUUUGUGCAUUGCCAGAAAUUGUCGAUUCAUUUACAGAGAUAAGCGAAUGGAAAGAGUCCGAGUCAGCCAAAAAGGCCGUAUUGUAUAUCAACUCAAUAACAAGCACUGAAUUCAUUUUUUCUUGCGUUUGUCUGGUAGAUAUUCUGAAAAGGACCCUUCCCCUAAGCAAGUUAUUGCAAAAACCAAACUUAGACUUGAACAAGGCUUCCAAUGCAGUGACAGACACACUGACAUGUCUGAAGGAUAGGAGACGAAAUUGUGAUGAUCAUUUCACAGAGUUAUACUUGGAAGCUCUAACUACCUCUGAAAAGCUGGGCGUGCAGCUCAAAAUGCCCAGAGUAGUGAAAAGCCAAAGGCAUAGAGAAAACUACGAAGCAGAGACAGUGAUGGAAUAUUAUAGGAUGUCCAUGUAUAUACCACUUCUCGACAAUGUCAUCACUGAUCUACAAACCAGGUUCUCCGAAGAAAACCUAUUGUGCUUUGACCUCAACCUUUUAAUGCCUGCAAAUAUGUUGAACACCAAUGUCAGCGAAAAAUGCUUGGAGUUGAACGUGAGGCUGCAGAAAGUUUGCCAGAACUUUAAAACUCUUUUGCCCAGUGAUUCUGAAGUGGUACUUGAAGGAGAGUUAAGCAUUUGGAGAGCGAAGUGGUCAAGGGAGAAAGAAGAAGGAAUGAAAAUUCCAAACUGUGCCAUAGAAGUACUCAAAUGCUGCGAUGGAGAUAUGUUUCCAACUGUACGAACACUUCUACAAAUACUUAUCACACUACCAGUAAGUGUUGCAAGUGCUGAAAGGUCAUUCAGCAGCCUUCCCAAGUAGCAAUUUGUCGACGCGACAACGUUGUCUACCGCGUGGCAACGUUUUGUUACAACGUUGUUAUUGCCUAGAAGACGACCCUAUUCUGCACUAAUUUGGUGGACGAUUUUUGAGUUGUCUUGACGUUGCCUAGGCAACCUCCUAUGAAGCAACAUCGUUUCGUAAGCGUUGCAUAAGACAACUGAAGCGACUAUAAAAAGAACCUGCGCGUGCAAUGGUUGCUCAAGGAGUCAGACUAGUUAUGUUUUUUUACCUAUAUUUUUAACACCUUUAUGGUGAAUGCGAAAACCAAAAUGGUAACUAUUUUGACAUCGUAUUAGGUAUUUAAAUUUAUAUCAAUACAUAAAGGACUUAAACAAAAUUACCUGAUCUGAAAAUUUAUAAACGCAUCUCAGAUUACCGUCAAAUAUGGAUAUUUCACCUUUAAAAAACACACGCGCUACUUUUUUACGACAUUUUUGACAAAAAAUAUGCAAAUUUAAAAAAAUCAAAUUUUAAUAUAAAAGUUAAAAUUUAUGUUAAAGAUGUUCUGUAUAAAUUUAAUGUAUUGAUGGUGCUUUUAAAGGUAUCAUUUUUUAUAUUCUGUAUUUUCAUUUUCUUUGCAUCCCAAAAAUCUCAAGUAAAACCAAAAUGGUGCAUUAAACAAUAUUACCUUAUUACUAAAAAAUACCUUAUUACCAACCCUAGACCGAUAAGACAACUUAGAAGUCCAAUCGCCAACCAAGCCCGGCCGCGCUGACUAUCCCAACCAUUUUAGAACGCACCCUCUUAUUGGGUGACAGAGAGGUCAUGUGACCAGUGUCAAAAGUGUAGCAUUCUCCUUAACAGCGUUGCCACAUUUUGGAGAUUUCUACUUUUUUGGUAGAUUUUUGAUAUUUUUUAAAAUAUUCUAGUAGGUAAUAUUGUUUAGUAGAUUUUUGUUAUAUUUCAACAUUUUGUUAUGACUAAAAUAAAAUUUGCUUUUUAAUAGUAUUUACCCCAUUUCUAAAUUAAUUUUCACACAUUUGGUUACAAUUUCCCAAUCCGAAAAUAAGACCGAAAAUAAGAUUCAGAAUAAUUAGGUCAUUACCGAAAAUAAGAUUCAGGACGUAGAUGAUGAAUAUUACAGAGAAAUGAAACUGGAAACUAGAUUCUUGUGUAACAAACUUGCAGAUUUCAA